UACACAAUAUGCCAAUGCGUUUUUGCCAAUCAAAAUCGAACCGGUUUUCCAAGACACAGAAUACAACCACAUGACACAAAACAAAAUAAUACUCGGCUCUAAACCGAAAGCAACGAUUUUCAGUGAUCCAAAGUUAAAAUGCAGUCCGAAAGUACUCUUGACAAACUGGGAGUACAUUUUGUACAAUAACUCUUGUUAUUGCCAGCAGUGUGACAUCCUUUUCCCCACUCAAAACACAAUUGAUGCACACAAGAUGUCCGUGCAUUCGCUUUUGGUCAUGAUGCCUGGCAAUACUGCUCGCAAGAGUACAACGAAACUGCCCCAUUCUAACAAAGCGGUCAAGAGCACAGCGCGAUUCGACACUAUUAGGCUCUAUAAAGCAGUAAAAAGUACUUGCAAACAGAAUUUGAAGCACGAAAAACCUAACACAAGAAUAGAAAUGAGCGAAAAUGAUGAAUCUGAUACAUCGAUACCAGCGGAAAUAUUUACAUGUCCGAUAUGUUCCUGUGUGUAUAUAAACAGCAGGAACUUCACAAUUCACGCGCAGAGAAAUCACCAAACGACGAAGUUGAAACCGUUAGUUGGACCCUACGACCCGCAAUGUCGUUUUUGCAAAUCCCGAUUGUACAACUUCAAUAGCUAUAAUAUUCACAUGAAGAAUCAACACCCAGAGAAAUGUGUGCAAGUCCAUAGCAAUAGCCCAAAGCGUAAACUGCAAGUUAGUUCGGAAAGGAAGCAUAAAAUAAUAAAACUAAAUAAUGAACCACAACUUAAAUCUCCAAAAGUAAUGCCAAAUAACAUAGAUGUCCCCGUUCCAAUAGGAGUUUUGUUCAAAUGUGAUAAGUGUUCGCUUCAUUUCACGACGGGUUUAGUUGCGUUUUUCCAUUCAGUUCACUGCGUCCAAUCCCCUGGUGAGUGGAAAUGUCCGCAAUGUGAUCGAUUCUUCCGAAAAGUGGACCAAAAUAUGCACAGAAAACAGCACGAGGUGUCGGAAAGUUUCUCUGUGGUCCCGUACAGCAAAGACCUUCCUCGUAGGGUAGUGUGUCGGUGCCUUAAUUGUGGCGUGUGUUAUGAUGAAAGAAACUUCGCGAAGUAUCACGCGGUUGGUUGCGGCCAAGGCCAUACAGUGCCAUGUCCAACAUGUAAUUUAAAAAUACAUGAAUCAUCAGUAGCUAAACACCUAUGUCUUCAUGCGAAAAAUUUGAGUAUUUUUAUGGUUGACUACAUAACAGCGGAAGUAAAUGUAAAACAAGCACGUUUAGUAAAUAAUGAAAUUGCAAAACCAAAAGCCACGCCUAAACCUAAAAUUGUGCAGAGCCCUCAAACAGAGGUUAAGAGAGAAAAAUUUAAAAUAUCAUUGUACUGCUGCACGAAGUGUGACACAUACUUCCGUGUCAGGAAAGAAGUCCAUGUGAAGGGACGUUGCUUUAGUAUGCAAAAGCGGUUCUGUAAAAUAUGUGGACUGACAUUUAGUAUCAAAGGUAUGAUGACUCACUUGAAGGAUCACCAAAAGAUGAACGGGCUCAGCCUCAAAGAUUUCCGAUUUCUAGACCUGAAUACAUCCGAAGCAAUAAAACCGCCGAUGCCGAAAUAUUUGAAAUGUCAACAGUGCCACGUAAAGUUCUUCGGUCGACCGGGGCUCAGGGGUCACACGUGUUUUGAAGAGAAAUUCAAACGAUGUAAAAAAUGCAAUGAAGAAUUUAGCGAUUUGGCAUACAAGUUGCAUCUAGCCUUUCAUGACUAUAACAUGGAUGACUUAUCAGAAGAUAUGCCCGAGCUCAUGAAAAAAUAUAUAUCCAUGCAAUCAUUGUGGAAUAUAGUCUACCAUUGCGUUAUUUGCGAUAUAAUUUUAGACAAAUACGAUACCGUUGUUGAGCAUAGUCAGAACCAUUUUUGCAAUAUGGAAAGCUAUGGAGUAAAUAUUAUGCAUUGUGAGAAAUGCGACCUUAACUUCGACGAACCAUCGUACAAGAGACACAGAACGUUGCACAAAGAAAGUAAUAUAAGCAAGACAUCGCUAAUGAUUUUGAAUUUUGACUAUAACAAGCUACUAACAGAUGAUUGGCUUGAUAUGUUCUCAGAGUUGUCUAUGGAGCAAAGGCGGCAUAUACUUGCGAAAAGCAUCUACGACAUCGAAAGAGGAGUAAGACUGACUUUGAUACAGGACGGGCCAUCUAAUCCAACGUUAUAUAAAUGCAGCACUUGCGAAUUAUUCGUUGAUCCGAGUACUGUACUAGAACACGCUCAUAAUCGCGACGCGUGCGCAGAAACGACGCAAAUCCACCAGUGCUCCAUAUGCAAAAUUCCGUUUUUCAACAAAAGUGCGAAAUUAGCACACGAGUUCUACCACAGUGUGGACGAUUUCUCCUCGCUUCGGAUAGUAAGAUUUAACUCCAAAAACGAUUAUGAUAUCAACUUUGCACUGAGCAAGGUACCAGCGAAAGAUAGUUUGAAAUUUAUCUGGUGCCAGCAAUGUGGUUUGCUGGUUAAGAAGAUCGAUUACAAAAAGCACUUGUUGAAACACAACAGUGCCAAAAUGAAACCUUCAUAUAAAAUACCUAAAAAGGGAAAAAUUAGUAACGCGAGCUAUGUGUUCUACCAAUGCGUGCGUUGCCAAGGUUGUGUAUUGCACUUGCAUAAUAUAAACCAACAUUCAUGUAGGAACUCAGAGCAGUAUAUCUGCUGCAACAUCUGCGGCGUGAAAUAUCUAAAAAAUUUCGCGAAGAGUCACCAGCAAGUACAUUUAACUAAACCGAAAUUGAGCAGGAGCACCGUGAAGUUUAUUAAAUUUAAGGACGGACGUGUAAUACCGGAGAAACACACAAAGUCAAGUUUUAGUGCAUACCAGUGUACCAAUUGCGGCACGUGUGUUCAUCAAAAAAAGCAGUUGUAUUUGCACAGCUGCCAAGACCGCUCACGAACUUGUCAAAUAUGCAAUUUGAAAUUUCGUGGACACAAGUACCAUAAGACUGUCCAUGCGAAGUAUCCAGAUUUGAAAGUAAAGGAUUUAAAUAUUAUACCAUUCAACUCGGAUAAAAGUGAAACAUCAGAAACACCAGAAAUAGUACCGAAAAAGAGGUUGGCUCAACCGACGCGUCGGUUGAUUGAUUACAUGUCAGGUAAAGGUACCAGGACACGAUUUCAGGGCGAUUUAAACAAAAUAUCCGAUAAAAAUCGCUUCCGUUGUAUCAAGUCAGUAAUGUAUAAAUGUGACUGCAAUCUGUUAUUUAUCAGACGGAGUAGUCUGUUGGUACAUAUUCCUAAUUGCUCCAAAGAUAGACUUGGAAUAAGAUGCGACGUCUGUCACCUGAUAUUUCAUAGAUCAUCUAUAGAAGAGCAUAGAUUACGACAGAAGUGUAGCGAAUCCAAGUUUUAUUGUGUAUCCACCGUUGAGGUAGGUUGUUCGGAUACAGAUGAUGAAAAUAAAUGGCUAAAAUUAUGUAAGGAAUGUGGCGUGUACUACUCAUCAGAGAGGGGAAUCGUUGGCCAUUUUGAUAACAAUCAUUUGAUUAAACGCUUUAGAGACUGUUCUCCCUGUGAUAUAAAAUUUUCCAGUCUCAGUUACCAGCACCAUGUACUUUGGCACCACACAAAAAACAACUACACCGUAAAAGAUUUAAAUAUUGAUACGUUUGUGAAACUGUCUGUGCAAAAUUUGUGCCAAAUGGAAGUCUCGUACGAGGAAGCUGAACUUGAUAUUAAUUCAGACGGCGAUGAUAUAACUAUUAUAGACGAUGCCGAUACUACGAACGAUUUGGGGGGUGAUGAAGUUGAAAAGGUCAGUGUGGAAGAAGAGAAUGUCGAUGAGAGCGACACCGAAGUAAAUGACGAUAACAAAAUAAUUGAUAUACAAAAUAAUCACAUGGUAGCUGACGCUGAAGCGGAUGAUGUUUUGUACAAAUGCGUUGUGUGUGGCGUGCAUUACAUGAGUGCUUCAGGUAUUACGUACCACAUGAACAACGGUAAUCAUAAAAAGAUUUCCCGAGCUAAAUGCACGUUAUGCAACCUAUUUUUUACUAAAAAUAUCAUACCCAAACACCGCAUCAAGCAUCACAAGAAUGACGAACCCAAUACUAACUUCGUCGUCAAAUUGUCGUCCGAAGUCGUCCCGAUCAGAUCUAUCAUUCCACUAAGUUUUGCGAGAUGUCUUUUUAAAUGUGGUGUAUGCGAUUUGCAUUUCAUGUAUUCGGCUACGGCAAGGACGCAUUUAAAAAUUGGCGACCAUAACACAAGCAAAGUCUUGUGUAGUGAAUGUCAGCUAUAUUUCACUGAAGAAGUAAUUGAGAAGCACAAAGUAAAACAUCACAUUGACUUCUCAUUUACAAGAGAUGAUUACACAAUCAAAGUCAUUCAUCCAAAUGAUGCAGCGCAUCGAGAUGACACAGCGCAAAUGGGAGUUGAAACUCUUGGAACUACCCUGAAAACAGAUCCUGAUAGAACUAGAAAAUCUUAUGAUGACAAAAGGUCUAAAUUGAAUCCAGCGAACUCUAAUCUAUUCAAAUGCGCAGAAUGUGAUGUUUAUUUCGUCGUAGCUGAAAUGUGCUUCGAUCAUGUUCGUGCGCAUACGCCUUUAGAUCCGACCGAAUAUAUUGCGUGCAAAAUAUGUGAUUUGCAAAUACUCUGCGAGAGCCUCGGCGUGCAUAUGCGAACUCACAGAGAGAAUAGUUUUAAUAUUGACGAGCUAGUGGUGACCGAAUAUCGGCCGGCUGCGAACGGUGCUCCGACCUCAGAUACUUAUCUUGCUGCGGAAAGACUUAAAUCAAAACUAAUUACUACCACAACUGAUUUUGGUAGCGACGAAAAGUAUUAAAACUGUAAGUUUAGUUUAAGUUUAACAGAAGCUUAGUUGUAAACAUAUUGUCUACUUAAAUCAAUGAAGAUACCUUGAAACUUGCAUGUGACUAUAACUUCUCGAUAAAUUCAAGGUAAUGUUUAUUGUUAACGAAUUACUUCAGAUGAAUAAUAGAUUAAAAGUACAUCUUUAAUCUGUGACAGAAUUACAGCUGGAUAAAAUUUCCUCAAAUUUUUGAAACCCUUUUCAUUUGAUGAUGAAUUAUUUUAAUGAUUUUUCGAAUACUCUUGUUUUACUAUAACACAAUUUGUAUUAGAUCAAUAUUGGUCUAUGUAUUUUACUCUGAACUUGUUAACUUACUCACGUUUUUCUAGUUGAUUUUAUAAAAAUUUUAGAGGUACCCUCUUAAAAUGAAUGCAUAAUGUGGAAGUUACUUUUUGUUAAAUACUAUUAUUUUUUGAUUGUGUCUAGUGUCUAGUUUGUAGAUGUAACACGAAUGUGGAUUGCUGAUUUAUGUCAUUACGUAUAUGUUUUAAUAAUAAUAUGAAUAAAAUUCAAGUUAUGUGGAAUUAACUUCAAUGCAUAAUAGAUUUAAAUAGAUUAUUAAGGCAAUUGUCGCGAAUUGUAAAAAUAUAACCUCAAAUGACGUCACGAUUACUGAUUUUGUGAGUUUUUGCUCGGGCUAAGCCCCGGAACUAAUGUAACUAUUUUUAAGAUUCGUUUAUUUUAAUUUCGCAGAAUAUUGGUAAUAUGUAUAUUUAUGUUUUGUAUAUCAGUUAAGAUUUUAUAUCCUAAGUGUCAGUGGUUUGAUACACUGUGACACCACAACCACAGAAUUAUUUAGAGAAAUUAGAAGUCGGAUGUGCUGAAUACUCCCAUAUAAUAUAGUCCAGUGAAUAAAAAAGUUUUUUGCGUUGCGCUUUGUCUUUUUGCUUGAAAAUUGACGAAAAGCCCAUGUAAAGGCGUAGGCGUACUUUCAACCCCUAAUUCCCUAAGCCCUAAAUUUGUCCUCCGAAACUCUUUAUUCUAUAUUCUCUGUAUAGUCUAGUCGACAAGUUGAAAAUGGUACAAAAUAGAGAUAUUGCUCUUGAAAUUAUGUGCGAUAGCUCGUUGGAUCCGGAGUGACGCCUAGAAAAAAGUGCCAAAAGCGUGUAUUAGCAUACAAAAAAUUGCAAAAGUUAUAAACAAUUAAAGAUGAAAAAACAAUGGCAUUUUGUUUUAUGCCAAUAUUUCAUAAACUAUUAAUAUUUAAGAAAUUUCAGAAAAAGAUUCUGAAAGAGGAGGAAAUUUCCUAGGAGGACUAGUAGUUCGAACCAGGAGCCCGCAUUUAAAAUGUCAAACAUGUUUGAACCGGGCUGACUUCCUUACAUUACAGUCCAUCCCUUAUUUUACCUCUCAGGGGUAGUAUUUCCGAGGAUUCCAUGUUUCAAUUCCAACUUUCAUUUAAAUUUUCUCUUUGUAGUUUGGUCUAUUAUUAGGCUUCUCUCUCAGGCUCGUACGCAGGGUGUUUUUAGAUCGUCGCAGAAAAAAGAGUAUACAAUGAUUAUAACAUAGACAUAUAUAUAUAUAUACUUAGACUUUUCUAAGACUUUACUCAAGUAAAACUUAGCUGAGUGUGAUAGAACGCGAACUUGACUUUUCUAUUGGCCGGUCUUAACUUAAGCUCAGUAUAAUUUCAGCUGUCAAACAAUUAUAAAAACGAAAUUAAAGAUAAUGCUAAGAUUAUACUCAGCUAAGUUUUACGUCAGAAAAGUCUGCGCAAAGUUUAACCCUCCGAAAUCGGCAGUGCCCCAGGGAACUAGAAUUUUUCCGAUACACAAAAACAGAAAGUGCCAUACUGCACAUUAUUCCCUCACCAAGCUCUGACCCUUAUUUCGUUUAUAAGAUGGUUUAUUUUGCAUGAUCUUAUAGCUUGUAUGGCUUUCAGAAAAAUCACUCAAAUCAUCCUAAUUAUAAGCAAUCUAUUGGUGCACGUAUAAUAAUCUUUCCCGGAACGGAAAGGUAUCCUCUUUAGAUAUCAGCCUGCGAAUGGAACACUAACAAUGGUGUAGAUAGUUAUAUUCCAAAAAAAAAGAUAACAUUUAAGAUUAAAACAACGGGCAUACCAGUGAAACUACAAUCUUUUCUUAUCCAAAUUAAAAUCGUGCGCAUGCGUGUGGUAGGUACCAUUGCGUAGAAAAUAUAAAAAAAGCGUGUCGGGUUUUGAUGUAGUGAAUUCUGUUUGCGCCAUUCAGCUGUUUACUAUGCUGUAAAUAAGUCACCAAUUUGUAGGGCUGGAAUAAGUACAUUUCGCCACUACAGUUUGCCGACGCGUCGCCUUUUCAAUGUCAACUCAUUCGCCAUUCGUGCGUUUAUUCUUUAUUUAUAUAUUUGGACACAUGGACGAAUUAACCACUGUUCCUGUUCACUGAACUGUAUAAAUACCACAGGACAGGCUGUGCCAUAUGUUUGACUACAAUUUUUUGUGUCUAUUUGAAGCGCCACUCGCGAGCGUCCAGAGAACUAAUUUUGACGUAUAAUACAAAUGGUUGCGAAGGAACGUACAAUACUCUGAAGUAUUUUAUGCAUUUUGAAUUAAUUGCGUUAAUUUCCCGUGUAAAUAAAGUACACAAUUUUUUUUUGUAAAUAGUUUCCCACCAUCUAUCGAUGUUUGCUGAGGUUGUCAUCACUAGUUUUAGUAACGCAGACUCUCGCUACAUGGCCAACAGAGCCAAAAUGGCGAAUAUCAAACAGGCACAAAUGCACUUUGACAGCCGCCAGUCCAGUGGUCCAGUCGAGAUCAGUGCACCUGUUACCCCACUGGCUACUUAGCUUAAUAGCUUCAGUAACCAAAAUGGCGUUGGCAGUAAAACACAUGCUAUCGAAGUGGAAGGUUGUCACAAGUAUGUGCAAAUGUGCUGCUUUGUUAGUAUAAUAUUAAACACUCAAAUAACCUAAACAUUCAUUCAUUCGAAGAUUAUUUGGACGUAAUUCCAGAAAAACGUUCCAAACCACAAUCAUGUCGAAAUUGAGUUAUGAACACAAAACUGGUCACAUGAUUCAUAUUAACGGACUGACAAACAAUGGCAGCCCUACUGACACUUUAAAUGAUAUCAUGACUUAGUAGCUCAACCCACAUGUAUGGAAUACACUAAUAUUUAUUAAAAUUUAAACAGCAAUUCCUUAAAACGUGAUGUUUGUGGCUUCGAACGUUUUUCAGGAUCAGCUGUGAACACGUCGAAAAAAGUAGCGCCGAACAGUUGACCUCUAUUUUCAUCAACGCACAAACACUAACACAAAGUGACACACAUGUCGCGAGUGUAAGACGUAGCUUCACAAGCUCACUUAAGUAAUAAACCUGGCCUGUCAUGCGUUGCCUAAUAACAAGAAUCUAUUUAGCCGUAUGAAUAUCUAAGGAUAAGAAAAUUAUAGAUUUCAUGCGCUAUUGCCAUGUUAGCCGAUUGUAAUUUUACGCCAUCCCGCGAAAAUUAGUUUAUUUCAUUCCUCUUUGGUCUCGUAUCCAAUGGUUAAUUCGUCUGAAGUCUGAUACUCACACGCAUGCAAUCAAGGCUCCAAGCACUUCACUGCAUUCUAUGAAAUGGGCGAAUAGAUUUCAUGACGAUUGAAAGCAAACGUCAAAACAAGAUAUCAAUGCGCCACUAACCCGUAAUAAUUCGUAUUUGUUUCAGAAGUAAAAAAUAAAAUUGUUAUAAGACACAAAUAAAAUCUGAAAAACAAAAUUUUAUGAACGAUGCGGGACUCGAACGGUUAGCUGAGUUGGUUAGAGCACCGGCAUGGAACGCCGGAGGUCGUGGGUUCGAGUCCCGCAUCGUUCAUAAAAUUUUGUGUAUCAAAUUUUAUUUGUGUAUUAAUCCUAGAAGUGAGGGUUAUCAAUUUAAAAAAAUGUGGUGAAUUUUCGGUAAUAUAAAGAGAUGAAUAAAUAGAAUGGAGUUGCCUUCAGGGCAUUAAUUCAACGGGACUGGUUGCGUCACCAUGGUGUCCGUAAGCUACCAAACUUAGACACCAUAGUCAUGACGCGUCCUAGCUGGUCGCGCCACCAAACUGACACCAGGUGAUUAUGUCCGUAUAGAGUUGUAUGUGUUUAUAUGGUAGCGGCGACUGGUAACGCCACCAUGGUGUCCCGGUGUAAUUAGGGCUACUAAAAUAAGGGCGAAUGCAUUUAUAAUUUAUGUCCACUGGUACAAUGAUCUUGUUUAUACAAUUUUCAUGUUUUAAAUGGAACGAAUAUGAUUGUGUCAUAGUUAAAUUUUAAUUGCUCUAUAUCAGUUAUGCCGAGAUAUGAUUUGCUUUGCGUUGCUUUGAAAAAAUAUUUGCAUCACUACAUACGUCACGUUAGCCUCUAGCCCGUUUGCCUCUCGCCUGUUUGCCCCUGGUACAUAAAAAAAAUUAACGCCUCCUAAGAAAGUUCUCAAAUAAUAUAGGUCAUCUUUUUUGUUUUUAGGCAUUGUAAUUACCUGAUUUACAAUGAUUGAUUUUAUCGAUGACAGUAGAUGUAAGUUUUGAUAUAAGUAAUAAUUUUGCAUUUUAAAGCUUUUUUUAAAAUGUAUUUUUGUAAUAAUAAAUAAUUUUAAUUUA